AUGAAGCUAUCAGAAAUAACCAGUGGUAACAUUUUGGCAAACAUCAUUCCAGAAAACGUCUUAUACACAGAAAAACAUCAAUUUAAAAUUUUCAGUUGUGCUGUUGGCCUCUCCAAGGGCCCUUUCAUUCAGGGGAAAGUGUUUGCUCAGCCCAAGGAUGCUGGUUUUUCAUUUGGCCACAAUAUCAAUAGUCAUUUGGCCAGCCUCUCCAUUGUUGGAAACACGAUCCUCACUCCCGAGCCCACUGUUAAGCAGGCUUUAUGUGCCCUGGAUAAUGAGAGUGCCAGUGUGGAAAAUCAGGGCCAGAUUAAGAUGUACAUCAGUGAAGUGUGUCAGGAAACUGUGUCACAUUGCUGCAACUCAUUUCUGCAGCAGGCCAGAUUAAAUUUGUUAAUAAGCAUGACAGUUAUUAAUAACAUGCUUGCCAAAUCCGUUUCAGACCUGAGGUUUCCUUUGAUAUCAGAGGGAAGUGGAUGUGCUGAGGUUCAUGUUUUGAAACCGUUGGUGGGUUUGUCUGAAAAACCAUUCUUGGCAGGGGAAUUGCUGGGUCCCCAAAAGCUGCUCUCAUUCAUGUCCCUCUUUAUCAGGAAUGGAGACAGGCAGGGUCUCCUGGAUACCCUGGCCUCUUAAAAGACCAUCUCAGACAGAACGGGACCCAAUCUGCCCAAAACCCAUUUGGUGAACACGCACUCGUGUUCUCAUCCAAAGACUCUGCAGUGGGUGCUGUAGAAGAUCCUGCCUUAGCCAAUCACCACCUCAUGGGGUGAAAGUCACUUGCUAAAUCAGGGACCACAUUCUUAUUGGCGGGGCAGGUGUUCCCACUGAGCUUUGAAUAACUUCUGGUUUUGCAGUCUACAGGUAAAGUGCAUUGUAAGUUACUUCCUUACUUCUUCCUGUGGUAAAGGGCUCAUUUCAGCUGCCAGCUGUGGAUAAAGCAUCAUGAAGGGUGCUUGCUAUGGUCUCCCUGACUAAGCUCCACUGUUCUCCAGAGACCAGACACAUAUCGGAGCUUGUGCUGAAAGUGCUUUUGUUGUUGCAUAGGUCGAAUUCUUUUUUGUUCACUCUUUCUUCUACACCAGCUGAUGGAUGGUGAACCCAUUCAUCAGAAAAGUGCACUCCCUUUCUAUGUUCUGUACCGACUUAACCUCACCCACCCAAGUCUGCAUUUGUAUGUUUCAUCAAUAAACUUGUGUGCUUUGACUGGCGAAAAUGA